UCAACCAAAUAGGGUUUAAGCUCUUCUCAAAUGGCGACUACGUUGACUCGAAUCCUGAAGCAUAGAUCAGUCUCUGCUUUCUCGUAUCGAAACCAGCAUCAAGGGCUCUUCAUCUCCACUCGCUACGAGAAUCAUGACUCUCUCCCUACGCAAAUGCCAGCUCUUCGAUCAACCUCCCGCUCUUUCCUCGAUUUUUACAAGUUCGGGAACAAGAAAGCAAUUGAGGAUGAACGUGCUAGACUUAAUGAUGAGAUGAAUCGGGGAUACUUUGCUGAUAUGAAAGAAUUCAGGGAACAUGGCGGUAAGAUAGCAGCUGCAAAUAAGACUAUAAUUCCUGCUGUUUCAGCCAUGAAAUUUCCGGCAUUAGCAGUGACUUUUGCUAAUGGAGAAAGCCAGACAUUGCCUAUUACUUCCAACAACAAUGAGGUCAACACGGAGAGUUUGGCUGUUCCUAAAUUAUCAUUGGUCUGUCUGUCUUUUCGGGCAAGCUCUCAGGAAAUGAUCAGCUCGUGGAGCAAACCAUUUCUUGAAUCAUUUGGCAACAGGAAAGAUCUUCAGUUGUUUGAGGUUUCAUUUAUAGACAAAUGGCUGCUGGGCUUAUCCCCUAUAAAAAAACUUCUUCUCCGGGUCUUGCAAAAACCAAAAAAUAGCGAGAACCAUGUCCUCCAGAGGCAGGUUGUUUAUGCGUUUGGGGACCAUUAUAACUUCCGUAAACAAAUUAAAGUUCUGAACCUUCUCACUGGGUAUAUUCUCCUACUUGACAAAUCCGGGAGAAUAAGAUGGCAAGGUUUUGGAACAGCAACUCCAGAGGAAGUAUCACAACUUCUCUCUUGCACCAAAAUUCUCUUGGAGGAUCAAUGAGAGAUCGCUGCUUAAACUGGAGACUGUUUAAAAAGACAAGUGCUCCUCUUUUACACUUACGAAUGAUGUGGAACAAUUGAUUUUUCAGAAGGGUACAAAGAAGAAGACAAUAAAGUAUCUCUUUAUGAUUCAAUUCGUGUAGUCAGGACUUUCGGAGUAAUAGAGAGUUAGAGACUCCUUUGUCCGAUUUAUAUUGGUGUUCGACGUUUGGACUAAUAGGGGGCAAUGCUUACUCUUCACUCUUCAGUCUUUAUGUAUUUCUCUUUCAGAUAUCUGCUUAUUUGUACUCAUCUGAGAAUUAAAUGACCUAAAAUGCUUUUUCUGAUACAAUUGGUUUUAAAUGGAAACAAAACAAAACAUCUACUUCGUUAAA